AUGCUUGACUGGAACGACGACUUGUUCAUGUCCGACUGGGACGCAAAAUACGUCUCUACCAACAUUAAGCCCCAGGCACGGAAAUAUGACAGGGGCCUGUUCCUCGAACUCAAUUCAAAGCUGGCUUCGUCUCAUCCCGAGUUAAAAUCUUCCAGUCAUGCAAUCAUAGCUGCCGUGUGUUGCGCUGUCAGUCGUGCAGAUGUCGUAGGCCGCUUCUUCGAUGAUAUUACAUUCGAUUCAACAACAGAAGCUUCUGAGAAGCUCUUUCUUUCCACCCGAGAGGCCAUCACCAUUGUUUUCCCAUACAUCGGAAUGCCAACCUGUAUUCCUGCAUGCUAUGGAAUGAUUGGCGUUGUGGAGCGCAAAGGUCCCGCUUAUGCCUCUACCAGAGUGCUCAGAAAGACAACAAUCGAUGAAGAAGACGUCAAGAAGGGUACUGAGCUCAAAUCUCGCAUCUACAGUGGCGUCGGAAAUUCAGGCAUUUUUAGUCUGAUGGAUAAAUACUUUACUGAUCUAUUUACUUGCUCGACGGUUGUUACAUGGGGCUACCUCAUCUCAAAGGCGAACGAGGAGGUAUUUCAACCAAAUGAGUCUCAUCUCAUUAUUGCAGCUUCCAUUGCGGCAUUGGGGGCUACCCGACAGACGAAGAGUCAUAUCAAAGCUACGCUAGGGAUAGGAAACUCAGUGGAAUGUGUAAAGACUGUGUUGAAUGUGGUGAAGAAGAUUGCGGAGUGGGCUGAUCGACCUAUUGGAGAUUUUGACGUAGACGCGCUUUCUCUGGAGAUUCAGAACGCUUUAAGGAAUUAG